AUGUCCUCAUUUGUCACUGAAGAAUUGAACCAGUUGCAGAGGGAGAUUCUGGCCAAGAAUCCUGCCGACGUGUUGCAAUUCUGUGCCAAUUACUUCAAUUCCAAGUUAGCCAUGCAAAGACUGCACUUGUGGCGAGUCCAGCCCAAGGCCAAGGCUGCUGGAAUCGACCUUUUCCCCAAAGUCGAUUCUGUGGUGGACAACACUGGCUUUGGAGCGCUCCCCUCAACGAGCCACCCAUCUUUCAAGUCUCCUUUUGGAACCACGGAUCCCCACUCUGAUCACCCAGGUGUUUCGCAUGAAGAGCACCCUUCUGCAGCAACCCAAGACGCUGGCGCUCUUUUCAAAGGCGGCUUUGGUGUGGGAAAGGCCGCUACAUCGGCUCCUCCUCAAGACCUUGACCCCAGCGACCCAUCUGCUGCUCGUGCAGUGCCUGCAAAGCCAACUAAGCUUCCCAUUGCCUUCAACGCCAAUAGAAGAGUCUCCGUUUCGGCAGAAGCAAUGAACCCAGACAAGUUUAAAAGCGACUCUUGGAAGCCACCUGUGAAUGAUUUACUGCCAGAACAGCGCAAAGAGUUGUCACGUACAUUAUCACUGAACUUCUUGUUCCAGCAGUUGGACAAGGAGUCUAAAGAAACCGUUGUUGCUGCCUUGAAGAAGAUGCAGUUCGCUCCCGGAACAGAAAUCAUCACGCAGGGCGAUGAAGGUGACUACUUUUACGUAAUUGAGUCUGGUAGAGUCGACUUCUACGUCAACGGUACUAAAGUUAAUACAGCCAGUGACGGCUCCUCUUUUGGUGAAUUGGCAUUGAUGUACAACUCUCCAAGAGCAGCCACAGCAGUAGCUGAAUCUGACGUUACUUGUUGGGCUUUGGACCGUGCUACAUUCCGCCGCAUUUUGUUGGAAGGUACUUUCAAUCGCAGAAUCAUGUACGAGGACUUUUUGAAAGACGUCAAAGUUUUGUCGGGUUUGACCCACCAGGAGAGGUCUAAGUUGGCCGAUGCUUUGAGCACCGAGAUCUAUCAUGCUGGAGACAAGAUCGUUACCGAAGGUGAGACCGGCGACAAGUUUUACCUUAUCGAGAGCGGUACAUGCGAAAUCUCUAAAAAAGAUGAAGGUGUUAUUGCGACCAUUGGUAAAGGGAAAUACUUUGGUGAAGUGGCUUUGUUGAAUGACUUACCACGUCAAGCAACUGUCACCGCUAAGGACACUGUCAUUGUUGCUACCCUCGGUAAAUCUGGUUUUACGCGUUUGUUAGGGCCUGCUCUUGACGUCUUGAGAAAACAGGACCCAACAACUCAUUGA